AUGGCUGAGGAAAAGAUUAUCUACGUUGACGAAUUGGCCGGUUCCGAUGAGACUGGCACUGGUGUUGAAUCGUCUCCCGUCAAGACGGCUCUCAAGGCUGUUGAACUUGGUGGCGAAUCAGUCAAGAUUCUUAUCAAGAAGGACGAGGAAGGUUUCAAGGAUAUCUCUGGUGCCGCUUUGAAGAAGGCCAAGAAGGCUUACACUGAAUUGCAACGCAAGCUCAAGAAGCAAGAGGAACAAAAGAAGAAGGCCGAAGAAGAAGAUGCAAAGAAGGCUGAGGAAGAGGCCAAGGCAUUGGAAAAGGCAAAGUCCAUCGUUUUGACUGAGGAUGAAAGCUUACCUGCCGCACAAAAGAUCAAGGUCAGACAAUCCACUGAAAGCCGUGGCAAGCGUGUCAAGGUCUCUGGUUGGGUCCAUCGCCUUCGUGUCCAGGGCAAGGAUAUGAUGUUCGUCGUUCUUCGUGAUGGCUCUGGUUACCUUCAAUGUGUCUUUACCGGCAAGUUGUGCCAUACUUUCGACGCCAUCACCCUCACUGUCGAAUCCACCAUUACCGUUCACGGUGUCAUCAACGAGCUUCCCGAAGGCAAGACUGCACCUGGUGGUCAUGAGCUUGUUGUGGAUUACUGGUAUGUUGUUGGCAAGGCCCCUGGUGGUGAUGAUGCCUUCAACAACAAGGUGACCACUGAUGCCGAUCCUUCGUACCUUCUUGACAACCGUCACCUUGUGCUUCGUGGUGAGACGGCCUCUGCUGUCAUGAAGGCACGUGCCGAGGUCAUCAAAGCUUUCCGUGCCCAUUAUGAUGCUCGUGGUUACACUGAAGUUACUCCUCCUUGUAUGGUGCAAACUCAAGUCGAAGGUGGCUCUACUUUGUUCGAAUUCAACUACUAUGGUGAAAAGGCUUAUUUGACCCAAUCUUCGCAAUUGUAUCUCGAGACUUGUCUUCCAUCCCUUGGUGAUGUCUUUUGUUUGGCCGAAUCAUACCGUGCUGAGAAAUCACAUACCCGCCGUCACUUGUCUGAAUACUCUCACUUGGAAGCUGAGAUGGCUUUCCUCACCUUUGAUGAAAUGUUGGAUGCUCUUGAAGACCUUGUGUGCGAUGUCAUUGACCGUAUCAUGGCCAACGAACCCACUCGUCAAUUGAUUGAGCAAUUGAACCCUGGUUUCAAGCCCCCAGCUCGUCCUUUCUUGCGUAUGAAGUAUGCUGAUGCUAUCCAAUACCUCAAGGAUAACGAUAUCAAGAAGGAAGAUGGUACCUUUUAUGAAUUUGGUGAAGAUAUCCCAGAGGCUCCUGAACGUGCCAUGACCGACAAGAUCAACCGACCUAUCCUUUUGACCCAUUUCCCCGCUCACAUCAAGGCAUUCUACAUGCAAAAGUGCCCUGAAGAUCCUCGCAUCACUGAAAGUGUUGAUGUUCUUAUGCCCGGCGUUGGUGAAAUUGUUGGUGGCAGUAUGAGAAUGAACAACAGAGAGGAGCUCUUGGAAGCUUAUGAAAAGGAAGGCAUUGAUCCCUCCCCUUACUACUGGUACACUGAUCAACGCAAGUAUGGUACUACUCCUCACGGUGGUUACGGUCUUGGUGUUGAGCGUUUCCUUGCAUGGCUCUUGAACCGAUACACUGUGCGUGAUUGCCAAUUGUAUCCUCGUUUCACCGGCAGAUGUACUCCUUAA